UUGAAAUGGUGGAAAGUUUUAGAAUUAGACCAAAGUGAAAGAGAAUGGGCUCAAGAGGAGCAGAGGGUACAAAAGCAGCCACCCAGCACACGCAUUACUCCUUGGACUCACUCGUGAGACAACCUCUCUUUAGAACAUGGCACUCAAGUCUGUCACAGAAAGCUUUGCCAAAGUGAUUCAUGGCUUGAGCGUGGGACACCUGACAGAUCAAGUUAUUCAGAGGAGCAAGAGGAUGAUUCUGGAUACGCUGGGCGUUGGGUUCCUGGGAACCAGUACAGAAGUGUUUCACAAAGUCAGCGAAUAUAGUAAAAUCUACAGUUCCAAUAUGUCCAGCACUGUUUGGGGCCGGCCAGACCUCAGGCUCCCACCAACAUAUGCUGCUUUUGUCAACGGUGUGGCUAUUCACUCAAUGGAUUUCGAUGACACCUGGCACCCUGCCACCCACCCUUCCGGAGCUGUCCUUCCUGUCCUCAUGGCUUUAUCAGAAGCCCUGCCUCCAAGUCCAAAGUUUUCUGGCCUUGACCUGCUACUGGCUUUCAAUGUUGGGAUUGAAGUACAAGGUCGAUUAAUGCAUUUCUCCAAGGAAGCCAAUGACAUACCAAAGAGAUUCCAUCCCCCCUCAGUGGUAGGAACUUUGGGGAGUGCUGCUGCUGCAUCCAAGAUUUUAGGGCUCAGCAUGACAAAGUGCCAAGAGGCCCUGGCUAUUGCUGUGUCUCAUGCUGGAGCACCCAUGGCAAAUGCUGCCACUCAGACCAAGCCUCUUCAUAUUGGCAAUGCCGCCAGGCAUGGGCUUGAGGCUGUUUUUCUGGCAAUGCUGGGUCUCCAAGGAAACAAGCGAGUCUUGGAUCUGGAGACAGGGUUUGGGGCCUUCUACACCAACUAUUCCCCUAAAGUCCUUCCAAACCUGGAUUCCCACACUUGGCUGCUGGACCAGCAGGAUGUGGCCUUCAAGCGUUUCCCUGCACAUUUGGCCACCCACUGGGUGGCAGACGCAGCUGUAUCUGUGAGAAAGCACCUUGUAACAGACAGAGCCCUGCUUCCUGUUGACCACAUUGAGAGAAUUGUGCUCAGAAUUCCAGAGGUCCAGUAUGUAAAUAGGCCCUUUCCAGACUCGGAGCAUGAAGCCCGUCACUCCUUCCAGUAUGUGGCCUGUACCACACUGCUGGAUGGUGGCAUCACUGUGCCAUCAUUCUAUGAACGCCAGAUCCACAGGCCCCAGGUGAGGGAGCUGCUUGGUAAGGUGGAGCUGGAGCACCCUCAGGACAACCUGCCAAGCUUCAACACACUGUACUGUGAGAUAAGUGUCACUCUCAAAGAUGGAGCCACCUUCACAGAGUGCGCGGAUACCUUCUACGGUCACUGGAGGAAGCCACUGAGUCAGGAGGACCUGCAGGAGAAGUUCAGAGCCAAUGCCUCCAGGAUGCUGUCCUGUGACACAGUUGAAAGACUUAUAGAGAGAGUGGAAAGCCUGGAAGACCUAGAAGACUGUUCUGUAUUAAUCGCACUUCUGAAAGGCCCUUCCCCACCAAAGAUGAUGUCAAAAUCCAUCUAGCAUUUAACAGCGCCAUCGCACAAUCUCUCCUGGGGCUUACCGACAUCUAAUGACUUUGUACUUGGGGAAAUUCAAUGACUUGCUUUAUAAAGCCAGAGUCUGCUGUUGGUCUGCCCAGGAAUAAAUGAAGCAAGGUGGAAAGAGUCCAGGAGUAAAACUGGAUUUUUAUGGAAGGAGCCUUCUAAAUUUUGCAAGACAGUUCCAAUUACUUAAAGCAAAAUAAUAAAUAUGCAAGAAACGCAGAGAAAUUGACUUUAUAAGCAUUCAUAAGGCUAAAAUUCAAGUCACCUGUAAUUUGCUUGUAAAGUUCAUCUUUUCAGAGGAGUUAUUUAUGAACUUCACGAACCUCAACGUGUGAGAGAAAUUUGAACCUAUAUAUUUAUUUGCUGACAGCAGAGAAGAGCUCUCGUCUGUCGUGCCACCAACAGAUUUCUUAGACCAUGGAUUAUUAGAAGCCCUCCUCAGUGGAGGGGAUGCUAUUGGGUUUAAAUAUGACAGCGUAGUGGGUUCAGAUCCUGCCUCCAUCACUUACUUGAUGUGACCCUGGGCAUGUCACUGGGUGUCGCUCUGCCUCACUUUCUCUAUUUGUAAAGGAGAAAUUAAAAAAUAAAGCAGUUCGGCUCUGGAAGCCAUGCUGUUAACCACUACAAUAUAUCACCUUUCAUUACAAAGAAAAUUUUUGAGAAAAAGAUCAUGGAUGAAGAGUCUAAGAUGUAAUAAAGAAUGACAGCAAAAAUAAAAGUAUAUAUGGGGUAAUUAAAUAAAUAUUGACGAUAAACAAUAAUAACAAUGUCUUAUGAGGUUAAAAAUUAUAACAUUAGCAAUAGAUAAAAGCAGGGAACUAUCAUAGUUAGUGUUCUAAAUUCCUUGUGUCAUUUGAGAAAAGGGCAAAGCUAUUAACUCUAGACUUUGAUUUGUAAGUAUGCAUGUUGACAUUUCCAGGGUAGCCAUUACAAGACAGCAGAAGAAUGUAUUACUUCCAGGUUAAUAGAGGAAGAAAUACAGAAUUAGAAAAAAAAAAAUCCAAAGGAAGGCAAGAAAAGAGGGGGGAAAGAAAUAUAGAAAAGGCAGAACAGACAGAAAGCACAAUAUGAAAUGAUAGAAAAAAAUCCAAAUAUAUCUAUAAUUACAAAAAGAGUAAAUGGACUAAAUGCUGCAGUUAAAAAAGACAAAGACUAUGAAUACAUUUUUAAAAAUGUUUAGAGGCAGCCCUGAGGGCCUAGUGGUUAAAAUUCUGCUCAAUCUGCUUCAGCAGCCUGGGCCUGGUUCCUGGGCACAGAACCACACCACUCCUCUGUCAGUAGCCAUGGUGUGGCUGCAGGUCACAUAGAAGAAUAGAAGAACCUAUAUCAAGGAUAUACAACUAUGUACUGGGGCUUUGGGGAGGGGGAGAAAAAAGGGAAAGAUUGGCAACAGAUGUUAGCUCAGGGUGAAUCUUUCCCAGCAAAAAAAAAAAAGGGAUCAAAAAAAAAUUUGUUUUUAAUGUUUAAUAGCUUUAUUAACAUCUAAUUUACAUACUAUUAAUUCAUCCACUUUAUAUGUACAGUUCAAUGAGUUUUAGUAAAUUUAUAGAGUUGUGCAAACAACUCACAAUCCAGAUUUGGAAUAUUUCUAUCACUCCAAAAACUCCCUUAUGCAGCUUGUAAUCAAUCCUUACUCCCACCCCAGCCUUCAGCAACCUGUGAUCCAUUUUCUGUCUCUAUAGUCUUAUCUUUUCCAGACAUUUCAUAUAAAUGGAAUCAUACGACAUGCA